AUGGCGGCAGACACCGCUGUAACAUCCAGUCCCGAGGAGACUCUUGCAUCCCUUGUGAGAGAAGCAGAAGCGCUUAAGCAAAAGUUGGAAGAAGAGCGACAAAAAUUAAACGAUGUUACAUUAUCCUGUGUAGCAGAACGCCUGGAGCCUAUAACAAUAAGUAACUUGAAAGUACGGCGCAUCUUAAAAGGACACCAAGCUAAGGUGUUGUGUUGUGACUGGUCACCAGACAAACGGCACAUUGUCUCUUCAUCUCAGGAUGGCAAGCUAAUAGUGUGGGAUGCAUUCACCAGCAGCAAGGAGCUUACCAUUUCUAUGCCUAGCACUUGGGUGAUGGCUUGUGCUUAUGCUCCAUCUGGAAAUAUGCUGGCAGCUGGAGGCCUGGACAACAAGGUGACCGUGUUUCCUCUGGGCGGUAGUGGUGAGGAGGAGCCAGCAGCGCGCAAAAGAACUGUAGCCACACACACCUCAUACAUGUCGUGCUGCCUAUUCCCCAACACGGACCGACAGAUGCUCACGGGAAGCGGCGAUGGCACCUGCGCGCUGUGGGAUAUCGAGUCCGGCCAACUCUUGCAAAGUUUUCAGGGACACGGCGCUGACGUGACGUCUAUUGAUCUAGCGCCGAGUGAGAUGGGUGACACCUUCGUGUCGGGUGGGUGUGACCGCGCCGUGCUAGUGUGGGAUAUGCGAUCGGGUCACGCCGUCCAAGCGUUCGAUGCACACCAAUCGGAUGUCAAUAGCGUGCGCUUCCACCCAGCCGGUGACGCGUUAGCGAGUGGCUCGGACGACGCCAGCUGCCGGCUGUUCGACUUGCGGGCCGAUAGGGAAGUGGCGCGCUACGGUCGCGAGAGUGUGAUCUUCGGCGCUAACUCUGUGGAGUGGUCGGUGAGUGGCCGCGUGUUGUUCGCGGGCUACGGGGACUACACGGCGUGCGCCUGGGACGCUCUGCGCGGUUCGAGGCUGGCUUUGUUGCCCGGACACGAGCACCGCGUAGCUGCGGUACGCCUUGCGCCCGAUGGCACCGCUCUCGCCACAGCCUCGUGGGACGCCACGCUGCGCAUUUGGGCCUAG